CUGCAGCGAGACGAGGCCGGGAGACCAGAUUAGGAAAGUCGCGAGUCCCUUUGUCUGCUCUCCGCAGCGACGCGCUGGGCGGGGCAGGGAGGGGGGAGAGGGAGAGCCGGUUCCCGCCCCGGAAGCGGAAGUGCGGGCGCCGCGAGAUCCUGUCCAGUGCGAGCCCGGCCGGUGCGCCAGUCGUUCCGCCUGCUGGUCACUUCGCGCCCUCUCUGCUGCUCGUGUGCCCCUCACCGGCCGCGCCAUGCUGUCUCUAGAUUUUUUGGACGAUGUGCGGCGAAUGAACAAGCGGCAGCUCUAUUAUCAAGUCCUAAAUUUUGGAAUGAUUGUCUCCUCGGCACUGAUGAUCUGGAAGGGGCUAAUGGUCAUAACUGGAAGUGAAAGUCCAAUUGUAGUGGUGCUCAGUGGCAGCAUGGAGCCAGCAUUUCAUAGAGGAGAUCUUCUCUUUUUAACAAAUCGAGUUGAAGAUCCCAUCCGAGUGGGAGAAAUUGUUGUUUUUAGGAUAGAAGGAAGAGAGAUUCCUAUAGUUCACCGAGUCUUGAAGAUUCAUGAAAAGCAAAAUGGACAUAUCAAGUUUUUGACCAAAGGAGAUAAUAAUGCUGUUGAUGACCGAGGCCUCUAUAAACAAGGACAACACUGGCUAGAGAAGAAAGAUGUCGUGGGGAGAGCAAGGGGCCCCUAGCAACCACUCAUCUACUUUCUGCUCUGUGGAUUGCCCGUUCUGGACAUUUCAUAUAAACGGAAUCUCACAAUAUGUGGUCUUAAUUUACGUCUGGCUUCUUUCACCUUGCAUCAUGCCUUCGAGGUUUGUUCAUGAAACUAAUACUGAACCAACUAAGUAUUUAAUAGGGGUGAUUCUUUCUCAGUUGAGGUGGUUGAAAACACAGGAGGAGCAAGAGGAGAAGAGGGCGAGAGAAGGAGGAGCAAGAGGAGAAGAGGGCGAGAGACAGGCCGGAGGCUGGGAACGGAGAACAUUGACAAUGAAGAGCGACGUAAAAGAGAAGGAAGAAGUAGAGUAAUUGAGCUCUCUGUUGACUAAAACCAGUUUUAAGGAUGAGGCUUUUAAAAUGUACCUUUUACUCAACUUGAAACAGAUUAUUCUGGGGUAGAAACAAUGAUCCUUUUUCAGUCAGCUGCUGAGGUCCGGACUUCCCAGAUAGAGGCCCCUUUGACGUCUGACAAAUUAUGUUCUCCAAAUGUCAGCAGGUAGUCGUUCCAUUUGAGGCUCCAUCCUCACCAGCACCUCCCAGGGGCACGUAUUCUGCCCCACGCUACCUUCUAGAUGUUAGCUCGGCACAGGCUGCUGUUGGGGCUGGCUUUGUGGGCAGCAUGUUUGACCUUCUUCUGCUUAUUGUCAACUCUGCUGUAGCUGAGUUUCUCCAGCAGUAGGAAGAAAAGUGCAGCUGAUUUGAAUUGUAGAUGACUAAUGGGAGAGGCGUUCUGUCCUUGAUCAGCAACCCUUUGCUGUCUCUGUGGAGGAAAACAGACAGAUAAUUAAAUCUUUUCUUUGACUUCGGACUGCCUCUCAUAUUAUUUGUUUUCAUUACUCCUAAAGACCAAGUUGCUUCCAUUUCUCUUGUGGUGGGGCAGGGAGAAACCAGCCUUAGGGGACCAUGUUUCCAGGGAUAACUGUGUGAUCACUCGAGCAUGGAUACCGCGCGGAGGGAACAGCGCACGUCUUUCCGUGAGAACGGCUCCUGGUGGAUCAUCAGCCCAGAAUCAGCAGCCUGCUGCUGUUUCAGUAGAAAUCACAGAUAGUUUUGUCGCUUUUAGCCUGAUAUUACUGUGAGGCGUCUGCCGUCACCUUCUUAAAUUAAAUGAGUUAUGUUCACUGAAAGCUACUGCUUGUAUGAAGAUUUCAUAAGUGAGACAAAAGAAAUAACUUAUCAUAUUACAAAGAAAAGAUACAUAUUUAAAAACACAGAAAACCCCUGUCUGCCCUCCUAGCGCUUAGCUCUGCCGUCCUGUAGGGACUGUUACUCUUCAGCUCUUAGAGGCUCCAGGGUCCUAGGAAGGGAUAGUAUUUGCCACCACAUGCCUGUUGCAGGCCUCUCUAGCUAGAACUGAGCUGCCGGUGCUGUGCUGUGCAGAAGCAUUAUUCCACAGAUGCUCUGACUCAGUAACUGUGAGGGAGAUACAGCAAGCUGCGUUUUUAACAGGCUAUGCAGGUGAUGCUGACGAAGGAGGCUUGGUUUUAGGAAACAUCAGCUUGCAGAAUGGAAGUUUGGGGAUGGGGAGAGGUGGGUGUGUGUGUGUGUGGUAAUGCUGCCAGAAGGGAGAGGGACAGGAUGGGGUGAGGACAGGAGACAGGAAGUAAGAGGAGUUCUUCAAAGGAGGGAAGUGCACCAAAGACAAAAUUUCUGUUUUUCGAGCUUGCCUAUGGCUUUGAUGGUGGAGGCGUUAUGUGGGAGGUGAUUUCUGUUUGUGCACCUUUGGGAUGAUGGUGCACAGGUUGUGGAUGCCCUGAAUAGAAAUAUCUGGGCUAUUUUAAAGUACACAAAGUUCAGUCUCCACCUCAGCCCAACCUCCCUUCUCUAGGACAAACUCUAGGUCAGUAUCAUGGGGCCCAUUCUAGAGUCCAGCUGUAAGAGAGGAGGAGAAAAAAGAAAGUUGUGCGUUUCCUCCCACAGUAAUGGUACCCUGCUAACCUUUCCUUUCUCCCCUGAAUUCUUACGAGGUUGAGGAGUGCUUUCUGUUGGGAGAAGUGAAGUCCGGAGUAAACAAGCUCUCCAAGGGAAAAGAAGAGAAGAGGCCUGGACAUCCAGACAUUCCAUCAGGCAGUGUUUACUAGAUGCCUACUCUGUACAGGGGUUACGUCCGGCCCUGAGGAUACAGUGGGGAGCAAGACUGGCAUCGUCUCUGCUCUCGUGGAGCUCGGAGUCGAGUGGGAGAGACAGACACUAUAGAACUAGUUGUGCAACCAAUUAUGUAAUAAUUUCUCCUUUGGAGAAAGGAAAUAUAUCAGGUCUAUGGUAUUUAUUUUAACAGGUGGUUUUAUCUGUAUCUGGUUUAAGGGGAUAAACUUUAGGGGCAAGGAAAAAGAAAGCUAGUGAAAAAAACAAGGGAUAGCAGCCAUGAGGUAGUUGGAGAAAUAGAUUUGUGGUGUGUUCGAGAAACCAAGGAGGGAAGGGAUUUUGAGGGAAGUUUGUGGUCCUCAAAGUCAGAUUCUGCAGAGAUGAAAAGGAAGAUGGAAGGUGAGACUGGUCUACUGCAUACAGCGAUUUAAACUGUUCUGGAAGAAAUUUUGGGGUCAGGAGAGCCAGAGGCAGGUUACAGGUGGUUAACAAAUGAGUGGGUGGUGAAAUCUGAAGUGCUGUAACGGAGCUCUUAUGCUCACUUUUUGGUUACUUAACGUGAAGUACCUUGUAAUGGUCUGGCUGUGUUUGCCUUGUUGCCCCAGCUAGAUUGACCGCUCCUGGAAGGUCAUGACAACACACCCAGCCCCUAGCGCUGACUCCGCGUGUAGUGCGAGAGUCCCCAUCUGGGGGCCUGAGACUUUAGGUCUGGUGCUCGUUCUCCUGCACCGAAACCGCGUACCUCGGCCACGAGCAUCUGUUUCCUCAUCUGUAAAAUGGUGGUACUCCUAACUUCCCUGUCACAUGAGUCGUUGGAAGGAUCUAAUAGGACAGUCUGUACAAAUGGACUUUGUGACCUGAAAAUCAGUUUUCUGUGAAAGAUACUGAGAAUAUUCGGUAAAUGAGACUGGCUACCGAGGAAGUUCUGUGAUGACCAGUUUUCUGUUUGCCUGUUU